AUGAUAAAAAAGGAGCUUGAACAAACAACUGUUAAGCGAGGUAUUAAAAGAGGUAGAGAUUCGGGGGAAAGGGAAACCCAGAAAAAUGACGGCAAGAUGACAGUGACUAGCACGAGAAAGAAACAAAAGUUAUUAAAUGCUGAGGGAAAGAAAACAGACAAGGGCUUAACAUUUGAGGAACAGGAAAAGAAAUAUGAUGAUGAGUUACCUGCGAAGUACAGAAAAUUUAGACCGAAAGGUUAUCGUUUAAAUGUACCACCAACUGAUCGGCCAGUGAGAGUUUAUGCAGAUGGAGUAUUUGAUCUGUUUCAUCUUGGACAUAUGAGGCAAUUGGAGCAAUGCAAGAAGGCAUUUCCAAACGUUCAGUUGAUAGUGGGAAUACCUAAUGAUAAAGAAACACACUCUAGGAAGGGAUUGACUGUAUUAACCGAUAAGCAGAGAUAUGAAACUGUUAGACAUUGCAAAUGGGUGGAUGAAGUUGUUGAGAAUGCACCUUGGAUUAUCACCAUGGACUUCGUAAAGAAGCAUCAUAUUGACUAUUGUGCUCAUGAUGAUAUUCCUUAUGUUGCAGAUGGAAUUGAAGAUAUUUAUAAGCCAAUGAAGAAAGCUGGAAUGUUUGUGGCAACACAGAGGACGGAAGGGAUAUCCACAUCUGAUAUCAUUACUAAGAUAAUCAGAGACUACGACAAGUAUUUGAUGAGAAAUUUUGCACGUGGGGCCACCAGAAAGGAAUUGAAUGUUUCCUGGUUGAAAAAGAACGAACUUGACUUAAAGAAGCAGGUUGGUGAAUUCAGGAAAUCAUGGAGGAACUAUAAUGAUAGCAUAAAAUACAAGUCUAAGGAUUUGUAUACUUUAGUUCGUGAGGCAUUAAGAAAAAACACACAUAGAGCUCGCAAUAUCAGCAAAGGAAAUGCACCAAUUGAUAAAUUUGCGUUGAAAUACAACGCAAAUGGGCUCUCCAGGACAUCGUCUCAUCGCAGUUUACUGGAUAAUUUGAAGGAUUGGGUUGGUAUCGACCCAUCUAGAAAUAAAAAUAUGGAUGACUAUGAUGUAUUUUUGGAUGAUAGUGAGGCUACACCAGAUCCAGAAUCAGGAGAUGAAAAGAUCCCAACAUUAACGGUGAGGAGAAAGAGAAGGCCAUCCAUGAAUAGACACUCCAGAAUUUCUCCUAGAAAGAGAAUGGGCCUAAGGAAAAUGGCAAGAGAAGGCAGAAUUUGA